AAUUAGCUAUAUAUAAUAUUAUAUAACAAUAAUUAGUAUGUAAUUCUAUUACGUAAGUAUUUAUAGUUAUGACGUGAAAAAAUUAUUUAAAGUUAAUGACAUGUAUUUCGAAAGAAAAUACGUAUACUCUGGAUGCAAUAAGAAUGAAAGUUACAAUAACUAGUGACCCAUAUGUUCUUGUAUGUAAUAACCAAAAGUUUAAUGCGCAUAAAUCUCACUUUCCUACUCUUUAGUAAUUAUUUACAUUCUGUUACAAAAAUCCUUCGACAAGUGUAUCAAUUCAAAAAUAUUUAAAUCACACUGCGGGUACAUUACUUUGCGAUAAAAUUCAACUACUGAAAACAUUUGGAGUUAAUCGCGACACGUUAUUAAAAGUAUUACUUCACGGGAAUAUCACUAUGAGAAAUUUGUAUCCUUGAUAACACGAGUUUCCAUACCGUACGGUAACUUGUUUGAACAAUUGCUCACGGGAUUGCACAGUUGUACAGAAUUGAUUGCAAGCCAAUCAAUAAAAUGCUAAUCCGUUAAAUGGUAUUCGGGUUUCGUCGAUCGGCGUGAGUAGUAGAACAACGACGACGACAACAACGACGACUACCAUCGGAAAUAAACGUCGGAUAAUAAAUAAAUGACUGUUCCGCCGGAGUCUCGACCAAUUGAACGUCGCUACUCGUAAGGAAGAAACCUGUUUUAUUUUCGGACGAGUUUGGAGGGCUGGGCUCCUCGUCUAUUUCGAGAAGGCCGCCAACCGCUGGUAUUGUGUCUCUAAAGACGUCGGUACUUUGCAGCUUUCGCGCGUAAUUUUUCAGCCGGCAGAUUUUCAAAAUCUAAAUCGCUUAUCGCUAUUCGCGUUCGCAUAAGCAAGGUGUUAAUUGAAAGUCCGAAGAACGUAGGUACAGAAAAAUACACCUUAAUAUAUGUUACCGUUGUUCUCCAAGUAAUAUCGAAUGUUACGUCAUAGUUAAAGAAAUACUAUUAAGUUCGAGACACAAAUUAACGCGUAAGCGUACAAGUUGCGGAAUAAGCGUGGAAAGUGUAUGGAUACGAUAUGUAAAUGCGUGCACCUGGACAGUUAAUUACUGUCGUCGUUGCGCUUUCGCUCUUAAUACGUCCGGGCGACGAGCGGAGUUUCAACAAGUCGCGCGUGCCCAUCUGCCCCGAAGUGCGUGAGGGAGAGAGAGAGAGAGAGACAGUCAGCUUUACAGACGGAACAGGAAGUGUUCCGUGUCUAAAUGCUGCACGGCUUGUGGCGUUAUUAACGUUGACCAGGGUACCAAAGAACGUGUCAAGAUUGAGCAAGUCGUUGUCCCGUCCGGCGGUGAUCUCGCCAAAAUUUGGAGGAUGUUGAUGCCGGGUGCCGCGGGUCUCGGUGUAGGCGCGGUUGGCGCGGUGGGGGCCGUGAGUGCACCAGCGCCCGACGAAUUGGUGCAAGGAUUGGGGGCCCUCGCCGGUACCACGCCGCAACAAAAGGACACGACAUGGACAAAACUAUUUGUCGGUGGUUUGCCUUAUCACACCACCGAUAAGAGUCUCAGGGAACACUUCAACGUUUAUGGGGAUAUCGAGGAGGCUGUUGUGAUCACGGACAGACAGACCGGCAAAAGUAGAGGUUAUGGUUUCGUAAUUAUGGGAGACAGACCUGCAGCGGAGAGAGCAUGCAAAGAUCCCAAUCCUAUUAUCGAUGGUCGUAAGGCAAACGUUAAUUUAGCCAUUCUCGGAGCUAAGCCGAGAGGUAACUUGCAAACGACAUUCCCGUUCACUACAGGCAUCCGGGCUGGUUACCCAGCAGUACUUCCCGGACAAUACGGGGUACCGCCGGGCUACGUGUACCAGUCGCCCUACCUAGCGGCCGCGGCGCCAGGUGGCCUGGUGCCGCUCCCGACGACGCAGUUGAGCCACGCAGCCGCCGUCGCCGCGGCAUCGCAGUUCUACGAGUACCAGAACGCGGCGGCGGCCGCCGCGAGCUACCCGGGCACCUCGUACAACUUCGCCGAGGCGUACCCGUACACCACCGCGGCCGCGGCUGGUACGUGUUUGAAUAGUGUCCAGAGCAAGGGUAGCAACUACCCGAUACACCACCACCACCACCACCAACACCACCAGCAGCAGCAACAGCAGCAAAACGGAUCCGGUGCGACGUUGGCGCAUCAGCAACGGUUGGAGAAAGCUCUCCUACCGCAAUUUCUGCCGUCCGUGCUGCGUGAUUACGCUAAUGCAGCUGCGGCGGGUUAUGUGGCGCCGUACACGUAUGCGACUUUGCCAGGUGCCGCAGGACUGCCAGCAGCGGCAGCGGCGGCGGCAACGGCAGCUGGAGCGGCUUUCCCGGGCUUACCGUAUCAGACAACACCUCAGGAGGCCAGAUUGCAAUAAAAGUUUAAAACAUUAGACCGUCACGAGACAAUUGCAGCUAGGCUGUGUCUUUUACGAGACGGAAACGAGGCGAGAAAGAGAGAGAGAGAGAGAGAGAGAGAGAGAGAGAGAGAGAGAGAGAGAGAGAGAGAGAGAGAGAGAGAGAGAGAGAGAGAGAGAGCUGCACAUAAUAUUCGAUCCUCGAUUGUUGUCUUCGGGGAUUAGCUCAUCAUCUUCCUCAUUAUUAGUUAUUCUCCGAGAUUUCUAUAUGUUCCUGAUCACUUCUCGCAAAUGUAUGUCGGAGUAUCAGCCGCGAGAAACCGCAAGAGGCGAAGAGGAUAAGGAGCUUUGGCGAAGCAACCCGUCAAAGAAUCAACGACAUCGCCCGUUAUUCUUCUGGCUAAGUCUACGAUCUGUACUCUUCCCUUUUCGCCUCCCCGAUCUAAUCUUCCUCUCCCUUCUCCCCGAUACAGAGCCGACCCUGGCGUGCUCGAUCAACAUAUCGAAGCGGAAUUUUAGAAAAGACGCAACAACUUUUAGAAUUACGAUUAUAAUUUAUAACGAGCUGGCGGAUCGCUCGUUUUAAUCCUCGAUCUGGGAGCGAUUCGAAACUUCGAGAGCCGAAAAAGAGGCUUCAUGUAAUCUAAUUCAUAUUCAAACGCUAUGUACGCGAACAGUCUAUUAUUGGCUAUUGAACGUAACGCUAUUUCAAUAUUUAAUUUGUAUUUCAAAAUAUUACAUUUCAAAAUAUUAUAGAGCGAUGCAUGUAGCUGCACUUUGCGACUUUUAAAACAUGUUAUAAUUUUACAUUGAAAUUCAUCGAAUAAUAUUAUGUACUCUUAUGUAUUUUCAUCAAUGGUUCCUAAAUCAAACGCAAUGACUUCUGUAAGCAAUCUUAAUGCGUUGUUUGAGAAAUCUCUCUUCAAAGAAUACUUUGACACACGAUAUGUGUUUUUGACAGAGUUAAUUAAAUGCGCUAAAAAUAUCGAUGAAGAUUAAUGUGAGAAUUCCGUAAUGAUUUUAGAAUCAGUUACGUGAUUUCAGAGAUGCACGUUUUUGAAGGGGAUAUGUUUAAAUUUUAGUUAAAUUUUAAGUAGAUUCUAAAAAACUUAAUGAUAAAACGAAAUGUCUAGCGCUAUAAGAAUUGUUAAGUUGUAUUUUCAUGCGUUUUCCAACGAAGAAAGAGAUUGCGUAUGUCUGUAAUCAUCUUUUAGGAUAACGCCUAGGGAAAGCGAGAGACGGAAUUUAUAGCUCCUUGAUGAAUAAGAAUUUUCCCAUUGAUAUACAUGCAUAUUGAUAUUGUGCACACAUACGUAUGUACUUAACUUUUAAAAUUUAUGUACAUAUGUGCGUGUGUGUAAUAAAAAUUAUAAUUUUAUAGAAAAAAGAUUUAUUAUAAUUAUUAUAGGUAUGUUAUAUUGUAAUAAUUAUAACAAAUCUUUUUCCUCGAGGACCGAUUAUAGAUACCGUCUAUAUAUUUAUUACCGUUACUACGUAUUUAAUAUCGUUUAUACAUAGAAUAUGUUGUAAUAACGCGGCGUAAUCUUCCAAAGUCUACCGAUAUAUUAAUUCGUGCGCACUGCUUGUUUCGGCUCUCUGUUGCUUAUAAGAACUUAUUUUAGUUAUAUAUAUAUAUAUAUAUAUAUAUAUAUAUAUAUAUAUAUAUAUUUAUAUACAUAUAUACAUAUAUACCGAUAUUUAUUACAAGCUAUAAAAUAUUACGCGUAUUACUAGUUGAGAUGUUAACUGAUUUUACCGAGAUGGAAUCAUAAUGUGACUUAUAUGUAAAAAGGAAGGGAAAGUAGAAAAGUGGUUGAAACGUAUAUGAUUAUCGAGAAUGUCUAAUUCAGUGGUGGCCUUAAAAUCGCACAUUAACGAGCAACAAAGUGUCUUACUUUCGAGGCCUUGUUGUGUUAAUUAAUCAAUUAUAUGUACUAAAUGAAGAUAACAUCGACCAAUUUUAUAGCGACGCAAACUCGCAACGGAUCAAGGAGUAAAUCAAUUUUAUUGAUACAAAUUUUAUUGAUACGAGCCUAACACUUCUUAACGCUAUUAAAGAAAAAAAUUAAUUUUUGCAAUGAUUAGUAAUUUUUGUUGAGAACACCGAUUUAAACGUGAGCGUUUACGUUUUAAAUAUUCAUAUCUGACAGCAGUCAGCAAUAAUUUUUUACUUGAUCUGAAUCAAUUUUUCGUAAAAUUCAGAAGGAAAUGUACAUUCGUCUACUCUUAGUGAUUCAGUGCCUUAAUUAGCACAGUCGAGUAGUCGUAAUGAUUAGAAACUAGUCAGCGAUUCGUUAGUGCAACGCUCGACGCGCUAACUCGUGUACAAGAGUGACGCUCAACGAAAGGGUGAGGAGAGCUCACGGAAUAUCAAAAACGUAAUCAACUAGGAUCGGGUUAUGAGGAACGUUACUGUCUAGUCCCAAACCCUUUCAAACCUUAUAAACGAGGUUAACUCGGUUUGUUAGAUUUGUAAGUAGAAGUUAAUGGACUCGGAAAAAACCAAAAGCGAAACUUUUUGUAAAAAGUUAGAAGGAGGAAACACGUUAGGAGGAGAUUUAAUGUUAAGUAUUAUUAAUAACAUAAUAGAAAAAUAAAUUAUAUUAUUUCAUUAUUAUUGAUAUUACGUUUUAUUAUUAUUAUUAUUAUUAUAUUAUUAUUAUUACUGUCAUUAUUAAUUAUAUGACAUUGUUCAUGUACUUAAUGAACGAACGGAAUAUAUACGUGAAGAAUUUGUUAAAAACACGCAAAGAUUUCCGGAAGAAGAUGGUAAUAGAAAAUCUGCAUCGAAGAUACAAGGGAAUCUUUUCUUUUUACGCGGAUAUGAUCAUUUUUUGAAUAUCCCAUACUCCCAUUGUAUAUAUAGACUUAAUUAUAUAAAUAGGUUGUAAUAUAUUGCCUGUUAUCUUCAAUAAUAUUAAUAUGCGCUCUAUUAAUAAAUCCACGAAAAUCGAAAACAAAUAUAUUGUCAUUAAGA